AUGGCCCGCCAUCAUUUGAUCCCUGGGGCCGUCAUCCUGGGCAUUGCAUUCAUCCUCUCCAUCCUCGUGUCUAUUUCCGUCCCAUACGUACGAGCAUUCGACAUCGUCCGUUCGUCCUAUGGCUCUGCCGUUUCCGCCGGCAAUGACCCAAUCGUCUCUGCGCGUUGGGGCAUCUGGGGAUACUGUCUCGAGGGCUCGGGAUCUGGUAACUGGGAAUGCACUUCCACCGGCUAUGCAUACAACUCGGAAAUUGGUGGACAAGUCGUUGGAAAGUCUUGGACACGCGGUCUCGUCAUCCAUCCCAUUGCCACUGCGGCAAUUUUGGUCGCCUGGCUCCUCAGCUUUUCCGCGCACUUGACCGUCGCACUCAUCGCCUCGCUCGUCUCCUUCCUCGGCUGCGUCCUCACCCUCAUCGUAUUCGCCAUCGACAUUGCUCUCUUUGUCAAUGUCAAGAACAAGAUGGACAAUAUCGGCGGAAGCACAAAGCCCGGUCCGGCGUUUUGGAUGACGCUCGUCGUCCUCGUCCUCACUGCGGUCGCCGGCUGCGUCGUCUGCUUUGGACGUCGUCGCCACAAGUCCAAGGAUGCGGCGUACACUGUCGAGACCAAGAAGCCAUGGUACCACCGCUUCAGGAGGAGCCGUUAUUAA